UAGGCUGGUUCAUAUUCAUCUACAGAACACAAACACAAUUGCCUACAGAUGGAUUUCCGUAUUUCUGAUGCCAAAGCUAAGUACGAGGAAGAUGGCAGCCUUCAUGAUUCAGAAAAGGUUGCUGCUUUUGAUUUUGAUGGUUGUCUUGCAAAUACAUCUGUGAGAAGGGUUGCGGCUGGGAGGCGGGCGGCGGUGAUGGAGCAGCGGCGGUUGAGAAGGGGAGCGGGGUUGUGGCAGGAUAAGACGCUGGUAGCGUCGUCUCCUAGCAGCGGUGGUGACUUGAGUGGGAGGCGAUGGCCACGGUGGACUCUGGCCGGACGCGGUGCAGGGUCGGUCGUUGGUCGGAGAGCAGCGACGGUCGGCGGUGGGCUGGCCGCAAGUAAGGGAAGCAGUGGUGCGUGGCUGCGGCUUCUUCUUCUUCUCUCUCUUCUUUCUCUUUUUUUUUUUUUAGUGAUGAAUUACAAUGAGAACGUCUAGGAUCGCUGCUCUGAUACCAAAUGAUAAGACUCUAAAGUCUUA